UUAUAUGAAGAAUUAAAGUAUCCUUCUUGGUCACCGUUUGCCAUUCAGCGUCAUUUGAAAGAUUGUAAAGAACAAUUUCCACAGGAAUUCGAAGAAAUUGAACAUAACUUGAUUCAAACUGGGAUGAGUGAGAGUGAUGAUCCCUUCGUCAAGCUUCAUUUAGUUAUAAAGCAGUUGCGUGAAAAUAUUGAGGAAGCUCGGGAAAAAUUACCAGAGAUGGCGGAGAAAUGGAGUGCGCCGAAGAAAACAACGAACCUUCUUCUUUACGGCUCAAUGACCCCGAUAAUAGCAAUUCCGGCCGUAUUUCUUUUCGAUAGAAGGCUGGUGACCGCCAACAAUAUCAAG